CGGUCCAUGCAGCCCAGUGAGUGAGGCGGCGGCUGCGCCCGCACCAUGGCAGACAGCCCCGCCCCGGCUCCUGCCCGGGUCGCUCCAGACCUCCGCCGCCUCCCCCAGCGCCCCGCCGCCCAGCAGCCGCUGCUUUUCUCCGGGCGCCGUCGGACCCUCCCCUCGAAGCGAACAUGAAGGAAGCCCGGGGCGUCGGAGGCGCCCCUUUCUGCACCCGCCUCAACCACUCCUCCUACCCGGGCCUGUGGGCGCCCGGGCGCUCGCCGGAGGCGCGGGGCAACCUCACGCGCGCCCCGGAGCCCGGCGAGGACUGCCGCUCGGUGUCGGUGGUGUACCCCAUCACCAUGCUCCUCACCGGCUUCGUGGGCAACGCGCUGGCCAUGCUGCUGGUGUCGCGGAGCUACCGGCGCCGGGAGAGCAAGCGCAAGAAGUCGUUCCUGCUGUGCAUCGGCUGGCUGGCGCUCACCGACCUGGUGGGGCAGCUGCUCACCAGCCCCGUGGUCAUCGUGGUGUACCUGUCCGAGCAGCGCUGGGAGCACCUGGACCCGUCGGGGCGGCUGUGCACUUUCUUCGGCCUGACCAUGACCGUGUUCGGCCUGUCCUCGCUCUUCGUGGCCAGCGCCAUGGCCAUCGAGCGGGCGCUGGCCAUCCGCGCGCCGCACUGGUACGCGAGCCACAUGAAGACGCGCGCCACCCGCGCGGUGCUGCUCGGCGUGUGGCUGGCGGCGCUGGCCUUCGCCCUGCUGCCCGUGCUGGGCGUGGGCCAGUACACCGUGCAGUGGCCCGGGACGUGGUGCUUCAUCAGCACCGGGGGAGGGGGCGGCGGCAACAACGGGACGACCUCCCCGCGAAACUGGGGCAACCUCUUCUUCGCCUCCACCUUUGCCUUCCUGGGGCUCUCGGCGCUCGCCGUCACGUUCGCCUGCAACCUGGCCACCAUCAAGGCCUUGGUGUCCCGCUGCCGAGCCAAGGCCAUGGCCUCGCAGUCCAGCGCCCAGUGGGGGAGGAUCACCACCGAGACGGCCAUCCAGCUCAUGGGGAUCAUGUGCGUGCUGUCGGUCUGCUGGUCACCGUUGCUGAUAAUGAUGUUGAAAAUGAUCUUCAAUCAGACAUCAGUUGAACACUGCAAGACGCACUCAGAAAAGCAGAAGGAAUGCAACUUCUUCUUGAUAGCUGUGCGCCUGGCUUCCCUGAACCAGAUCUUGGAUCCCUGGGUCUAUCUGCUGCUAAGAAAGAUCCUCCUUCGGAAGUUUUGCCAGAUCAGGAACCACAAAAACAAGUAUGCAUCCAGCUCCACCUCCUUACCUCACCAGUGCUCCUCAACAUCGAUGUGCACUGACCAUUUGGAAAGAUCAUGAAAGAACAAAGAUGGACUUUUUCUUACAAUACCUGCUUCCUUGAAUUUGUGUUAUUCUUCCCACCUAAGAAGGAGAAUUUUAUAUUUUGAUUUGGACUAUUUCUUAGUUUUCAUCUUAUUUUACUUUAAUUUUUUUUCUUGUCAAUAAUACCCACUGGGAAUUAGUUUAUUCCUGCCUCUGAGGGCUAAAUUGACUUCUUGAGCUGGAUUUUUACUGUGUAUUUAGGAAGUUGGGCAGGAUUACAGAGAUGGUGAAUGCUGAAAAAGGGAAAAAAAGAAAAAAAACCAUCUUCCAGGAGUUUGACCCCAAUUUCAAACCUUUACCUGAAUUUCAACCCAUGUAAACACCUUUACAUUUUGUGGUUGUUUUGAUUGUACAAUACGAGUUUGAAAAAUCAGUGUACAAUUUUGACAAUGUAAAAUCAACAUAUUGAGGGCAAAAUUCAAUUAGUAGGACAUAAAUUUAAUGAGAUAGAAAAUUAUGUUAAUUGAAGGCAGGACUAUAUUAUGACCAACAUUAUUUAUACAAAAUGUGAUUAAUGUUUUGGAGUUGUGUCAAAGUCUCUAUAUCAAUAUUCUGGUUAUCUGCCACUUAGUAACUCUGGAAUCAAUUUAAUUCUCAUUUCUCUGACUUUGAAGACUGAAAGGUGUGAUGAAGGGCUCUAUGAAGUGUCAUAGAAAACAAUAAUGAGGUUAGGUGAUGAGCCAUUGAGUAAAAGCAAUAAAGAUCCAAGUACAGCCUCUGGUUCAACACUAUUAAUUCAGGAUUUCUUAAAAUUUAUUCUCAGGUAGUAUAAAAAGGCAAUAUUAAUAAGUAACAUAGUUAUCACAUAUCAAAAUUUGUAAAUUUUUUAUGAAGGGAAGAAACCCAUUUUGUCUUAAUUGUAGAAUUUUUAAAAAUACUUUGUAUCAAAUA